AUUGAAACAUGUACGUUUCAUGCAUGAGAAACAGUAGAGAGAAACGAAGUUGCUUCACUAUAAAUUCAUGGGCUUAUAAUGUUGUUCACAUACCAAGGGAAAACAAAGAGUAAAACAAACAUAAAAGAAGAAAAAAAGAAUGGCUUGCAUGGCUGAGAAAUGGGAGCAACUCAGUGGAAAAAAUAAUUGGGAAGGACUAUUAAACCCCUUGGAUCUUGAUCUUCGUAGAUAUAUCAUUCAAUAUGGAGAAUUGGCUCAAGCAACUUACGACACUUUCAUUACAGAGAAAGCAUCCAAAUAUGCAGGAGCUAGCAGAUACUCGAUGGAGAAUCUCUUUACUGGGGUUGGACUUGAUCCACUCAAGUAUCGUGUAACCAAAUUUUUCUAUGCUACCUCAUCCAUUCCACUUCCCGAUGCUUUCGUUGUUAAAUCAUUGUCAAGAGAAGCAUGGAGUAAAGAAUCAAAUUUUAUGGGGUAUGUUGCUGUGGCUACUGAUGAAGGUAAAGUUUCACUAGGAAGGAGGGAUAUUGUGAUUAAUUGGAGAGGAACAAUGCAGAACUUAGAAUGGGUGAAUGACUUUCAAUUUCUACUUGUCCCAGCACCCAAAGUUUUUGGUGAUGGGGGUUUGCUUCCUUUGUUUCAACCUUUGGUGCAUCACGGCUUCUAUAAUAUUUAUACAUCAGAAAGUUCACGAUCACAGUUUAAUAAGACUUGUGUCAGGGAUCAGGUAAUUGAAGAAGUGAAAAGAUUGGUUGAGGAAUAUAAGAAUGAAGAUGUCAGCAUAACAGUGACUGGCCAUAGCUUAGGUGCAUCACUUGCAACCUUAAAUGCAGUUGACAUAACUUUCAACGGAAUCAACAAAACAACCGAAGGCAAAGAAUUUCCAGUGACAGCUUUUGUAUUCGCAAGUCCUAAAGUUGGGGAUUUCAAUUUUCACAAGGCAUUUUCCAAGCUGAAUAAUCUUCAUAUCUUGAGAAUUCAUAAUGUAUUGGAUAUUGUUCCGAAAUACCCACCCAUUGGCUAUAUAGACGUAGGGAAAGAGCUAAUGAUUGACACCACAAAAUCUCCAUAUGUGAAGCCCCCUGGAGAUAUUGUUAGUUGGCAUUUGUUGGAGCCAUACUUGCAUGGAGUUGCUGGUACUCAAGGAAUUAGUAUAUUAGCAGGUUUUAAACUAGAAGUGAAUCGCAAUAUCUCGCUUGUCAACAAGAUGGGGAAUAUACUAAAAGAUGAACAUUGUAUUCCUGGGCUUUGGUGGGUUGAGAAGCACAAAGGGAUGGUUCAACAACAAGAUGGAACUUGGCUUUUCUUGGAUCGCGAGGAGUAUGAGUUUUGAGCGAGCUGAGAUGAGAUUUUAAGUGUGUGGCUUUAUUUCCUUUCAUUUAUGUUUGAAUAAAGGGUUUUCCUUUCAUGUAAUGUUUGAAUAAAGGCUUUAUUUUAUGUGUGA